CCCCAUUUUCCCAAACGUGUACCACCGUUUCAAUCACUUGGCUAAUUCCACAUCACAAUCAAUUCAACACAACACAAACAUAAACAUAAAAACCCAAAUAAAACAAAAACAAAAACACAAACCCAAAAAAACCCAUCACCUUCAAAAUCACUUCUUUUUUCUUCUAUUCACAUAAGGCUUUGCCAUAAACAAAUUGAAAAAAAAAUUCUUAUUUUUUUUUUCUUUCUGUUCAUGGCGUUGAUAACUUCUCAACCCAAAAACCCCAUUCUCCAUAAUCACUUCACAACUCUUCAUUGUUCAAUUCCACAAUUCAAUAGGUCCAAAUUAACAUUUGGGUCAUUCUCAAACAAUGUAAAAACCAAUAAAGUUUGUAACUUUAACACAAAUUCAAUAAAAUUUCAGUUGAAAAAAAACAACCCUUUUACUUAUAAUCUUCCAAUUAUAGCUAAAUCCAAUGCUGCAAUUGGAGAAGCUUCUUUGGAACAAGAGGAAGAAGUUCCAUUGAAAUACAGAAAGAUUUUUCUAUCUGAUGUUGAAGUGAAGAGAGAAAGGAAAUUAUUUUUGGGUAGGAAAUGGAAUUCAUUGGAUGUUGCAACAGCUGGAAUUGUAUUGUCAAUGCAUUUGUUAUGCUUAUUUGCUCCAUUCAAUUUCAAUUGGCCAGCUUUUUGGGUUGCUGUUUCUCUUUAUGUUGUUACUGGUCUCUUUGGAAUCACACUGUCUUUCCAUAGACAUCUUUCUCAUAAAAGUUUUAAGCUUCCUAAAUUGCUUGAAUAUUUGUUUGCUUAUUGUGGUGUUCUUGCUCUUCAGGGAAAUCCAAUUGAUUGGGUUAGCACUCAUAGGUAUCAUCACCAGUUUUGUGAUUCUGAGAAGGACCCUCAUAGCCCUAUUGAAGGAUUUUGGUUUAGCCAUAUGAGUUGGUUAUUUGAUACCAAUGCUAUGGUAGAAAGGUAUGGAAAACCAACCAAUGUUGGUGAUUUAGAGAAACAGUCAUUUUAUAGAUUUAUCAGAAGCACUUACAUUUUGCAUCCAUUUGCUUUGGGAGCUCUUCUAUAUGCUAUUGGUGGAUUCCCUUUUAUUGUUUGGGGAAUGGGAGUGAGGAUUGUUUGGGUUUACCACAUCACUUGGCUUGUAAAUUCAGCUUGCCAUGUUUGGGGGAAUCAGCCUUGGAACACAAAGGACUUAUCAACAAAUAAUUGGUGGGUGGCUUUGCUUGCAUUUGGUGAAGGUUGGCACAAUAACCACCAUGCAUUUGAAUAUUCAGCUAGACAUGGUUUAGAGUGGUGGGAAAUAGACAUGACUUGGUACAUGGUCAAAUUUCUUCAAGCUAUUGGUUUGGCAACUGAAGUGAAAGUACCAAGUGAUAUACAAAAGCAAAGAAUGGCAUUCAAUAAUAAUGAUGGAAUAGCCACAUGAAUCACACAUUUUUUUAAUCAAGGUGUGAAAAGAAAAAAAUAUACUUAUUCGAUUUUAAAUAUAAGUAAAAAUAUAGUUAAAGAAAAUUGAUAUAUCUAAUUUUAAAUUUUAAUUAAAUAAAUUAAUUUUCUUUAACUUUUAUUUAUAUUUAAGAUUAGAUAGAAUAUACUAAUAAUAUGAAAGAUAAAAUGAUUUGAAAGUGUAUUUGAAGAUGUCACAAAUGUUUUGUUGGUAGACUAUUGUUCUUUUGAAUGUUUCUUUCGGCCGUUUUGAAUGAUGAGUGCUGGAUUUGAGUAUGUA